AUGUUCAAGCCCUCUGAUAAGCGCUUGCUGCUUGCCGCUCUCUUUACCCAGCUUCUCCCAAGCAUCAACGCGUUGUCCUUCCCUGCCACGGUAGGCUCGUUCAACACCAGCAUUGCAACAACCCUGCUCGUUGACCAUCAUCGUUUGGAUCCGUACGCUCCAACGCCACACCCACGUACUUUGAUGAUCUCUCUCUUUCAUCCCGUCCCUCCAGCAGAAUGUUUCUCCUCCCUGACGUCCUACAUGGACCCCAUCAGCGCAACCUUCGAGGAUAACGAGUAUGCACCAGUUGGUGUCCCAGCCGGCGCCUUCGGCUCACUUACCCUUGAAACCUGCAAGCCUUGUCCGGCUUCAAAUCCUAGACGCGGCGUCAAAGGGCCUAAUUAUCCACUGGUUCUCUUCUCGCCUGGCCUGGGGAAUACUCGACUCUUGUACAGCGCUAUUGCACAGCAAUUAUCCAGCACUGGCUACAUCGUCGUAACCAUCGACCAUCCCUACGACGCAAGCAUCGUAACAUUCCCAGACAAUACCACAAUCCUUGCUACCAACAUCACAACCGAUACCCAAAUCGUAGAUGACCUGAACAUCCGCGUGAAAGAUGUAUCCUUCGUCCUCGACCAGCUCCACCGUCAAUCCGUCAUUUCAAAACUCAUCCCAGGCCGAACUUGCGGGUUGGAUACCUCUAAAGUGGGAAUCUAUGGUCACUCCCUUGGCGGCGCCACCGCAGCUGAGGCUAUGCUUUCUGAUUCCCGUCUCAUGGGAGGUGUCAAUCUAGACGGUACAUUUUUCGGCUCCGUUAUCGACCAGGGGUUGGAUAAGCCCUUCAUGAUCAUGGCGCACGAAGGGAAGAAUUUGACAACUGAUGCGAGUUGGGAUGCACUGUGGCCGAAGUUGAAGGGCUUUAGGAGAGGGUUUAUGCUUAGUGGGAGUACGCAUGGUACGUUUACGGAUUUGGCGGAGGCCGCUGAUUUGAUUGGUCUGAGAGAGCAAUUUCCGACACAGGCGGCCGCAUUGUUGGGGAGUAUUGAUGGGGAAAGAGCCCUUCAGGUUAUCAGUGCUUAUGUUAGCAGAUUCUUUGACAUUGUUUUGAAGGGGAAGAAAAGUGAGUUAUUAGAUGGGUCCAGUGUGGAGUUUCCUGAGGUGACUGUUGGAGAAAAUUAG